AUGGCCUUCAACUUCAACUGGUCGCCGCUUACUGCGGACGCUGAAUUCUACCGUCGAGCCCGUGAUUUGCUCACAACGGCCCUGAACAAAUCCCCCAAGCCGCCCAUCAUCGUCGACGAUAUCCUCGUGAGCGAGUUUAACUUGGGCACUGUGCCGCCCGACCUGGAGAUUCUCGAGAUUGGCGACCUCGCCGAAGACCGAUUUCGCGGCAUAUUCAAAAUGUGCUAUUCCGGCGAUGCUUUCCUGACUUUGAAGACACGGGUUCAAGCGAAUCCAUUAAACACCUACCUCUUUUCCAAACCGUCCUUCACCUCGCCUCAGCCUCUGGCAGCCGCUUCGGGUCUUACUAUUCCCCUCUCAAUUACCUUGUCGGACAUCCAACUCUCCGCUUUCAUCAUUCUGGUCUUCUCCAAGCAAAAGGGCCUGACCUUGGUGUUCCGAAAUGACCCGCUCGAGUCUCUCAAGGUCUCGUCGACCUUUGAUUCCAUACAAUUCGUUCGCGAUUACUUGCAACGCACAAUCGAGCAGCAGCUCCGCAACCUAAUGAUGGACGAGCUUCCCGCCAUCAUCCACAGACUCUCUCUGCAGCUGUGGUGCCCUGACCAGGCCAACAAGGGCACCGAGACACCAACGGAAGACGCUGAUGUAAAGGGCGCCGACCCGUUUGCAAGUCCGCCCCUGGACCCCGUCGAUGCGAAUGGGAAUCUUUUGGAUUACAAUACCGUUUCGGAGCUCACUUUGAACGGCGGUGGUGAGGUGCCAUACUUGUUCUCGCAAAAGAACUUGCUUCGUCUAGCCGCAUUGACGGAUUCACAUCGAACGCUGUCCCUCUUUACCCCAGGCAUCAAUGAGGUCGUUUUCCGCGCCUGGUCUGGUUUUGGUGACCGUUCCGAAGCUGCCAGCCCUCCUUUUGCCACUCCGAGUCUCGCCAGGACUUCAUCAUUCCCCACUGGAGGCAGCACCACCUAUACAUUCUCCGAUUCAGGAAGCACAGCUCAUGGAUACUUGCCAUCGAGACCAUCCUUCGUGGGCUUGAAUUCUGCCGCCAACGGCGUCGCCCACGGUGCCAACCACCGGUCAAGACCUGGUCGAAAGAAGAAGACCAGAGUCGUCAACCUUCGACGAGCCAAGUCGGAAGCCGGCUCCUCUGAUGUCACUUCAUCAGAGGACGUUUCCGAAACCGCCUCAGUCAACGUCCCAUCAUCAGAACCUGUCAUGUCGACCUCCAUCCCCGAGGAGCCCGCAUCCGAUGGAGCAAGGGUCGAAGGAGUGCCUACUGGCAAGGUUCGCUUCAGGCCUGCUCACAGUGAGCACGUCCUACCCAUCCGCCAGGCCCUCAUGUCCGACAUAUACAAGAAGAAACUCGAACAAAUGGCCUCGACCCAGGAAGAGGUAAAAACCCCCGAGUCUCUCAUCAAUACUUAUGGCAUGAUUACCGAAAAAGCCCCUUUCGACAAGAAUGGCAACCCUAUCCGCGACCAACAAUCUCAAGCAAGCAACUCGUCCGACACGUCAUCUGUCAUCCUCGAACAGGCAUGGAUUAUGAAGAUGGCCGGCGAAAUCGCCCGCCGUGUAUACGACGAGAAGAACCGCCAUCAAGGCAUUUGGGAAGAAGGGGAGAGUGCUCCCCCUCCUGCCUAUGAGGCUGCAACUCACUAA